AUGAGAGAGUUACAAGAUGUUCAGAUAAAGAGUAUUAUUUACUCGAAAAAGAAUCAAUGGCUGAAAAGGGAUGCCACCCUUCGGCAACUUACUAAAAAUGUAACCAACCCUUCGAGUUUCUUCUCGGACAUUAUUCAUUCAGCACAUACAUUAUCGGACAUUUCAUGGAUUCCUUGGUCCAACACGCUUCGCCCGUUCAACUUUGAUAAUUACAUUAGUAAACAGAAGGUUUGUGUCGCUGAAUCCUGGAUAAAAAAUAUUUGCAUGAUCCCACAAUUGUGGUGGUUCGACGUUAUCUCGUGGUCAUGCUUCUGGGCCUCUUCCGUUGAGGCGUAG